GAUGCCAAGUGAAACAUGUGGGUAUAUCGUAGAUAGAGGUGAUCAAUUCAAGUUGAGUUCAAUACGUGAUCCAGCAACCGACAUCACAACCAGUGAUCAGGCCGUGGCUCCCUACGUACCUUCAUAUCCAGACAGUGUCGACUGUGAAAUCUCCUUUAGAACCACACCAGACAAAAGGUUUUUCAUGAGGAUUACUCAUUUCCAGCUCGAGCUCUCAACCCGAUGUCAAAAUGACGCUCUAUUACUGUACGAUGGUUCAAGCUCCAACGAGGGUCAGCUGGUGAAUAACCUAAGUCCUAACGGAUUAUGUGGACUGACCCUGUCACUACCAAACUACUUCUAUUCCACAGGCAACGACGUUACAGUCAGAUUUAAAACCAAUGAGAGAAAUAACAGCUAUAGUGGUUUUGUGAUGCUUCUUACCCCAUACCGGCUUCCAGCUGAUGGAGCGAAUUGCACAGAGGAUGAAAUGACGUGUAAACUGAGUGGGAAAUGCUUUACUAAAGAUGCAUACUGCAACAGUGUAAACCAAUGUGAAGAUUCGUCAGACGAACCGGGUCUAUCUGCAUGCCAAAGCUCCUCCUCUCGUCUGUGUGGGAAUCACAUGAUGGGACUGGUUCUAGCCUUAUUCAUCACCUACAUCUUUACUGCUGCUAAUCACGUGAUCUACACACCUCGUCAUAGUUCUACCACGGACCCUACAUUCUAGCAUUCUCUACCAUUAUGACGUUACCAAAAUUACGAAUUUACUCGAGACCGCCGUGGGAAUUAUUUUUCUCUUCAGAAGGAAACGCUAUCCCUUGGACUUUUAAAGAAUCCUUCGAGUGAUUUUUGUUUUACCCGUAUAAGCAAGGCUGAUGAUCUAAUUAAGAAUAUUUUGAUUUAUUUUCUUAUAUAUUAUUUUUUAAUCUAAGAAUGGUAAAACGAAGGUAAUGUGGGUGAUUUGAUAUACGUUUGUGUAAAUAUUACAAUGUACAGCAUCUUUACAUUUUUCAUACUUGGAUAAAACUUGUAAUUUCUUUCCAUGGGGAGUAAAUGUAAAAAAAUGUUCGAUUACACCAUAAUAUGGUAAAAUAAUUAGUGAGGACUUUUCAUAUCAGAAGAGGGAUCCACGGUCCACUUACGGGAAUACAGGACGAGUGUAAGGUAAGGAAACAAAAGAACAGAGUGAUGAUGAAAUGGAACACAAGACUUUCGGUGUUGACA